CCGGAAGUCUCGUUGUUUGGUUGUACUCUCGGCUGGCGGCGCGACAGUUGUGUGUGUUGUAACGUUAGCUGAGGAGCAUAUUUGUCAGUGUUGAGGCAACAGAACUCCAGUCCAAUGGGAGACAGCGAUGACGAGUUCGACAGGAGGAGGCGAGACAAGUUCAGGAGAGAGAGGAGCGACAUGGAGCGGUCCAGAGAAAGAGAGGAGAGGAGGAGGGACGACUGGCCCGACAGGGACUGGGACCGCGGCAGAGAGCGAAGGAGGGAUUACGAUCGUGGCCGCAGAGAGAGGUUUUCUCCACCCCGACACAUCAGCCCUCAGCACAAACGCAUGCGGAGAGACUGGGACGACCACCGGGGGGAGCCGUACCGCUACGACAUGCCGUAUGGAGGAGGCGGUGCUCCCUUUCCAGGGGCGGGGCCUCAGGGCUGGCAUCCCGACCUCCCCCACCUUCACCCGCACCAUGGAGGUCACCCGCUGCAGGGCAGGUUAGGGAUGGUGGAUCCAGACCUCCCUCCUCCUGGUCCUCCCACCAUGAGGAGCUUUAAGGAGUUCCUGUUGAACAUGGAGGACAGUGUUGAUGAGACAGAGUCCGUGAAACGCUACAAUCAGUACAAAGUGGACUUCAGACGGCAGCAGCUGCAGGACUUCUUCCUCCAACACAAAGACCAAGAGUGGUUUCGCUCCAAGUACCACCCUGAUGACAUCGCAGCAAGGAAGGCUGAGUCUCUGGCUGCCCUCAAAACCCGCCUGGGCGUCUUCCUCUUCCUGCUGGACAACAACUGGCUGGAUAAUGUGUCGCUGGACAUGGACCAUGCCCCCGCCAUCAUCAAACUGCUGGACGCAGCGGUAAUAAAGAUGGAAGGAGGCACAGACUUUGACCUCCAGGUUCUGGAGGUUCCGACUGCUGCUGCAGUGGCGGGUGGGGAGGCGAGCUGCAGCAGUGGAGGAGCAGCAGGCGGAGGAGGUGAGAAGAGUCAGGAAGAUCCCAGCGCAGGAAACGUCAGCGGUCAGACCGGGUCAGAGUUGACGGGGAGUCGGACCGAGGAGACGGCUGGUGGAGAGACGGGCGAGAUAAAAGACUCUGAUAAGGACUGUGAAGAAGAAGCCAAGCAGAACGGAGAGAAGGAGAAAGACGAAGAAGAGGAGGAGGAGGAGGAAGAGGAGAAGAAAGAUGAAGAGGAGGAAGAAGAGAAGACGACCAAGAAAGGCAGGAAGAGGAAACGCAGCGUGUCUGCAGACAGUGGCGAGGGCAGUGCCUCCGACUCUGACUCCUCCCACUCUGACGGAGAGAAGGAGGAAGAGGAGGAGAAGGAGGAAGAGGAGGAGGAUGGCGAGGAUGAGCGUCGUAAAGAACGAGGGAAGGAGAGAGGGAAGGAGAGAGAGAAGGAGGCUCCAGCAAAGCCCCGCCCCCUCCACCUCACCACUUCGUUGUUCAUCCGCAGCAUCCCGCCAGAGGUUUCCAAGGAGGAGAUCACUGCUUUGUGUCGCAGGUACCUGGGCUUCCUGCGAGUGGCACUGUCAGACCCUCAGCCCGAGAGGAGGUUCUUCAGGCGGUGCUGGGUGACGUUUGACCGCAGUGUGAACAUAAAGGAGACGUGCUGGAACCUGCAGAACAUCAGGCUCAGAGACUGCGAGCUCUCUCCGGUGGUCAACAGAGAUCUGUGUCGACGCGUUCGCACCGUUAACGGCCUGACGCACCACAAACCGGUGGUGAGGAACGACAUCCGCCUGUCUGCCCGACUCGUCCACAGUCUGGACCAGAGGGGGGAGCUGUGGGCUGGACAGCAGAUGGAGACCAACCCGGUCCUGAAGAACAUCACAGAUUACCUGAUAGAGGAGGUGAGCGCAGAGGAGGAGGAGCUGAUAGGCGCAGCGGGGGGCAAUGGCGAUGACGCAGAGGGCAAAGACCCUGCCUCUUCUUCUGAGGUUACCGUGGAGACGGACGACAAGCUCCUGAAGGUGCUGGACAGGCUGCUGCUCUACCUGCGUCUGGUUCACUCUGUGGACUAUUAUAACUUCUGUGAAUAUCCUGCAGAGGACGAGAUGCCUCAUCGCUGCGGGCUGAUCCACGUACGAGGACCCCUGCCUGUCGCCAAGAUCACUGCAGCUGAGGUGAGUGAACAUCAGAGGAUGUGUGAAGAGCGUCUGGCUCCUCUGCUGUCGCCUUCAGAGAGUCUGAGUGAAGAAGACGCUGCCAGGCUGGGAAAGAAAGAUCCAGAACAAGAGGUGGAGAAGUUCCUGACAGCCAACACUCAGGAGCUCAGUAAAGACAAGUGGCUCUGUCCUCUGAGCGGGAAAAAGUUCAAGGCUCCAGAGUUUGUGCGUAAACACAUCCUUAACAAACACGGCGACAAAGUGUCCGCCGUCAGACAGGAAGUCGUGUUCUUCAACAACUUCCUGCUGGACGCCAAGAGACCUGCUGUACCUGAGAACAAGCCCCUCCCACAGCCGGCACAAGCCACGCCCCCUGGUAUGCCUGGAUUUCCUGGUCAGUCACCACAGCAGCAAAGCCUUCUGGGAUAUCCUCCUGGAGUCAGACCUCCCAUGCCCGGCUUCCCUGGUGGCGGACCUCCCUACCUCCCCAACCAGUUUGGGGCGGGGCGUGGUAACUAUGACAACUUCAGAGGUCAUUUAGGAGGAGGAGGGGGGGGAGGGUUUCCUGGAAAACAACGAAACAACAGGGGCGUGCGCGGGGACCCCCGGUCGAUCAUCGAGUACAGAGACCUGGACGCUCCCGACGACCUGGACUUCUUUUAAACACGACAAAGUGAAACCGCGGGAUGUUUUUUUUUUUAAAUACCUUUUUUAUUCCUACAUUUCCCAUGAUUCUUUUCAUCGUUCCUCCAUUGUUUUGUUUUGUUAGAUAGGUGUGUGUGCGUGUGUGUGUGUAUCAGUCAGCAGGACCAACGUUACUGUCAUCAUUAGUGAAAAUCAUCUGUUUCCACUUUCCAAUAAAGAUACAAGACUGAUGACGA